AUGGAACAAUUACAAAAUUUUGGUCCUAGUGAUGUUAAAAAUGGAAUACUUACACAAAUGUUUCGUAAUGCUGGUAUCAAUGAUGUUGAUUCUUAUAUUGGUGAUGUUCGUCGAGAAAAUAUUGAUUUCAAUGAUCAAUCAUCAUCUAUGAUCAAUAAUGAUGAUUAUAAUCCUGUAAAUAAUUCUCAAACACAUUCAACACAAUCAAAUCGAAUUGGUGAUUUUUUAAAUAAUGGUCAACGAGGAAUUGAUAAACGUAAUAAUGGAAAAAGUAGUCUUGGUAAUGUUAAGCAAAUAUAUCAAAUGUAUAAAUCAUUGGAUAAAAAUGGUGAUGGUAAAAUAACAGUUGAAGAUGUAGAAAUUCUUCUAAAAGAAAUGGGUCUUGGUUUUGUUAGUAAACAUUUAGCACGUGCUCUAUUCAAUAUUGUUGAUACAAAUCGUAAUGGUCAAUUAGAUUUUCGUGAUGUAUUAGCAUUAACUAGUCUUCUCAAACGUUUAUCAUCUUCUUCAACUACUUCAGAUAGAUUUUAA